AUGAAUGGUCCAAAACUACAGCCUGAUCUGUUAGAAAUCGUAAUUCGAUUUAGAACACAUAGAUAUGCGUUUUCGGUCGAUAUAAAAAAAAUGUAUCGACAAGUAUUAAUACACAAGGAAGAUCGCGAUUAUCAACGCAUAAUGUGGAGAUCCGAUCCAAAUAAUGAAAUUAAAAUUUAUAAAUUAUGCACAGUUACGUACGGUUUAGCACCUGCAGGAUUUUUGGCAGUAAGUUGUGUUAACCGCGUUGCUGAAGACACCGCAAACGUAAAACUAAAAGAAAUUAUAAAAAACGAUUUCUGUGUUGACGAUUGUCUUACCGGAGCGGAUACAUUGACGGAAGCAAUACAAUUACGUAAUGAACUAAUUUCAGUUAUGCAUAAGGCAGGAUUUGAAUUAUCUAAAUGGACAGCAAAUCAUAAGAAUCUAAUCCCGGACACAAAUGAAAACGAAGCAUCGGCUGUAUCAAUGGAUAAAGAGAGUGUGAAGACGUUGGGCUUAUAUUGGGAACCAAACAGUGAUUAUUACACCUACGUCGUUCAAACUCCGAAAACAAACAUUAAGGUAACCAAAAGAGACAUUAUUGCUGGAAUAGCAACACUAUUCGAUCCAUUAGGUUUAGUAGGUCCAGUAAUAUUAGUGGGCAAAAUAUUAUUACAAGAUUUAUGGCGUGAAAAAAUAGGACGGGACAGUCAAAUUCCACCACACAUGCAAUUGGUGUGGGAAGGUUAUAUCAGUUGCUUAAAUGAGCUCAAUUAA